AAAAAAACAUACAAACUUGGUUUCUUUGAUCAUCUAUAGUACUCAUUAGCAAGGAUCAAUGGCAGGGACUAGUAAAACAACUCCAUAUUUCGAGGACUUAUUGCCGGCGAUGGCGGAUAAGCUAGGAGGAGACGGGCUGAUGAGGGAGUUGUGCAAUGGGUUCGAGCUGUUGAUGGACAAGGACAAAGGGGUGAUCACCUCGACGAGCUUGAAGAGCAACGCCGCAAUGCUGGGCUUGCAAGAUUUGAGAGACGAUGAGCUUGCCAGCAUGGUGAGGGAAGGUGAUCUGGAUGGCGAUGGGGCUCUCAAUGAAAUGGAAUUUUGUGUGUUGAUGUUCAGAUUGAGCCCUGGAUUGAUGGAAGAGUCCUACUUAUUGCUCCAAGAAAUACUUGAAGAUGACCUCAAAACUGCUGGGUUCUAACAUUAUUUUAUACAU